ACGCCAUCGCUCUAACUUAUAUAGUGGGGUUUACUCUUUGACCAAAAGGUUUCUAAAUAAUAAUUCUAUGUAAAGGUUUCUAAAUAAUAAUUGUAAUUUUUUUUAAUAGAUUUAUAAGAAAAAAUAAAUAUUUGAAUAAUUAACAAGACUGGAUACUAAUUGCAUUACAUAACAUAAUAUUAUCCGUCUUUGUGGAUAUGCUACUUAGACGUGCCGUGGACGUGCCUGAUCGUAGUAUUUAAAUAAUGGAUGAAAAUGAAGUUUGGGAAGAUUUAUCAAAUAUUCCAGCCGAUCCACCUGUUAUGCGCGAGCUAUGUAAUAACUGCAAAAGACCCACAGUCGUAUGUUGGUGUUCAGCAUUGCCUCCAAAACGACUCGAUCCUCAAAGCACGAUUAUAUUAUUACAGCAUCCAGCAGAGGAAAAGCGUUGCCUGCGAACGGCUCCUAUGUUACAAUUGGGUUUAGCAGAAAAUAAGUGCCUUAUUUUCAAAGGAAAGAAAUUUCCACAGCCGAGACAUGAAUCCCUAGAAAAUAUUUUGUUGCAAUCUAACACACUGCUGCUAUAUCCAAGCAAAAAUGCAAUUGACAUUAGAGAUUUGGAAACUAAUGAUAAAUCAUAUAACAUUAUUUUACUUGAUGGGACUUGGCCCCAAGCAAAAGCAAUUUAUGCAUCAAGUCCAAUGUUACAUGCUUUGAAACAAGUUAAAUUAUUGACAAGUAAUAUAAGUAGUUAUAUCAUCAGAACACAGCCAACAGAGGGAUGUUUAAGCACAUUAGAAACGGCUGCAGAAACAUUGUCACUCGUUGAAAGAAAUUCAAUUUAUAGAGAACAGCUUAUUCAACCAUUACAUGUACUUUGUAACUAUCAAUUAGAAAAUGGUGCAGUAACCCAUCAAUCAAAAGAAUUUUUGAUAAAAACAAAAAUGUAUCCUAAAUUAAUAGGAAAAAGAUUAUCUAGAUUGUUACGAACAACAGAUGAAAGUUUAUUGAGUUUAAGCUGAAAUAAGACAAAAUUAA